AUGGCCCAGGACGAGGCUGUACAGUCCCUCCAGCGUACCAUCUGGCAAGCUCGACUGCCUCUGGAGAUUCGACUAGCCGCUUCAGAAUGUCGUACCUUUGACGGCGCCGACCCCUACCUGAUUGCUUUUCCUCGCUUGUCGUAUCUUCCACUCCUUCUGCCGCGCCUUCACGCUUUCUUUUCGCCGUCGUUGAUCGCCGAUCCCGAGACAAUAUCACCCUACACUGGGUAUUUCACAUUUGACCGUGUUCCCUUGAAAUGGCAUCUGCCGCUGGGGCUGCUCUACGAUGUCUACGUGGUGUCGACUCAAGAUGCCCGACCGGAUCCUUCGUCUGCCGACCCUCUACCCUUCAAGCUAACGCUACAUUUUACGGCCGACCCAGACAAGCCGAUGCUGCCAGAUGCCAGCCCCGUCGUGCUGCAUGACUCCUUCAUCAACUCGGUCAAGGAGGCGGACUUUUUGAGAUCUGGCACCGGGAAACCCAUCAUGACCUUGUCGGCUCAGGAGAGCAAGGCUCUGUGGACCUCGACCCAGGACAACGAUUUGCCGACCUUUGCUAGGAUUCAUGGCUCUCUGGUGCCAGCACCAGGCCAGAUGAGACAUAUCCCGCUACGCCUGUACUUGCCGUCUGCACCGGACCAAGACCCGAGUAGAGCUCAAAUCAAAGUGCUGCAGUCACACAUAUCGCCCACCGUCGCGGCAGCCGGAAACCAGACUUUACCUACCGCAGCGCGAGGAGUCCCGGUAGGACAACCUCAAACGCUGGGCACGGCCUUGCAUCAGCUUGUGCCCGGCCUGUUUCCAUCUCGGAGGACGCCCAUCCUAGCCACACCGCUUCUGCAUGGUGCACCCGUUCCUAUGAGUGCCCAGCUGGAGGAGCUGGCCCGAUGGGGCUGCUAUGCAGACGGCUGGUUGUCGGUGGUGAUAGCCAUGCGUGGAUAA